AGUGCUUGUGACACGAAAAAGCAUGUUUAUUUCAUAAUACACGCGGUAUUUUAUGCUCCUGAAUGAUAUGGACCGCUUGGAUGUGUGUGGAAGCGAUCGCUAUAUUUAUUUAGUUUUUUGAAUCCCGCGCCAGGAAAAUGAGUGACUUCCGGCUUCGGUCUCGCAUUGAGGAGGAGGGCGCUGUGACGUGUACGGUAGAAGACGUCCUCUUCACGCUACAGUGUACUGUUGUGUAUGAGGACGAAGGAUUCAGCUGAUUUUGCGGAUUAAUACUUUUAUUUUUUGCAUCACGCCAGCCAAACGGCUGCAGAAAAAUCAUUCUGUAUGCGGGAGAGGCGUAUGUGCCUUUUUGGAGUUUCAAAAGGUUCCCAUUCACCGUGGAUAUUUACUGUGGGACCAUUGGACUUACAAGGAAUCAUACGGUGACAGUGGGGAGAACCUACAAGGGCUGACGGAGAAACUGCGAAGUGUGGCUCACAACUUGCAGAUGGGCAUCCAGGGCCGCUGGCGCCACAACAGCUACGAUGGUCAGAGCGUCACCAAGCUGUCCACUAGUUUGUUGCAUGCUGUGGUGGAGCUUAUAUCCUGUGCUAAAGGGCUGUUCACCAUUUUGAACAGGUAUCAGCUCUCCCAACUGAGCAGACACACAACCAGCAAGAAAAUCUUGAACCAGUGCAAAGAAUUGGGGGUGAUUGUGCAAAAGAAACGCACUUGCGUCUACGAGAAGGAGAAGGACAUCAUCUCUGUGUGCCGUCAAUUGGUGGUGGUGUGUGACGAGAUCCUGAGCUGCAGCCCAGAAGCUCUUCUCACCAACACUACGCAGCUGGAGAGCGUUGACCUGGUACCUGCGUCACCAGGAGAACAGUUGGGCAUUGAGAUAACAUCCAUCGGCUCCAGUAACCACUAUGUGACCGGAACCGCAGCAGAGCCUUCGAGUGAUGUCGCAAAGAUCUUGGCUGGGGAUGAAGUGAUCAAAGUCAACAACCAAAUAGUGGUGGGCUGGAGCAGGGCUAACCUUGUGAAGAAGUUACAGGAGAAUCCCAACGGCGUCACUCUGGUCCUAAAAAGGUCUUCCGGCUCGCUGUGUCGUAGAGGUCCUGGGCAGAGAUUACUCUCACUCCAAGAGGAGUACUUCUACAAAGAGGAGAGUUCGGAGGAAGAAGAAGAAGAGGAGGGAGAGGAAAAUCUGAGGCACUCCAUUUUUGAGAGGGUAGCAGCUUCUGUUCGGUCCUUGUCUUUCAGGAGAGCCGUUCAAGGCCCACAGGUGACCGAACAGCCUAUGGGACAGGAGGAGUCCGAGCUGUCUGCUGACAAGGAGCUGGAAGGCAGUCUUUCGCCUCAAGGCGCUCCAUCUUCGCUGUCAGUUUCAGGAGAGUUUGAGAGUCCUGGUUGGCGACUUUCUCCGGGCCUUAAUCGAAGAAGAGAUCGCACCCCUUCACCCCGAAGCAUUUCACCAAGCGUAAUCUACCGAAGUUCUUCACUUCAGGCACUUAACCAGGACAGGACGAGCGUCAGCUCCUGUCCUGAAAUGGUAGGACACACGGGACACCAGGAGGCAAAGAAGAGUUCUACUAAAGGAAUGACAACGGCCCUUAGUCGACGACGUGUCUCCUGCAGAGAACUGGUCCUGCCUGACUGCGACGGCUGGCUUUGGAAAAAGAGGAAGGAGAGCGGCGUCUUCAUAGCACAGAAGUGGCAACGAUUCUGGUUUGUCCUCAAAGGACCGUCACUCUACUGGUACACCAGCCAACAGGAUGAAAAGGCGGAGGGUUUUGUCAACAUCGCCAGUUACAACAUAGAAAGCGCUGGCGAGCACAAACGGAAAUAUGUGUUCAAAAUGUGCCACCAGCGAUUUCACAACUUCUUCUUUGCUGCUGACAAUGUUAGCGAAAUGAGCAAGUGGAUAAAUUGCCUCAUCACAACCAUUCAAAAGCACAAGAAGCUCAGCCCAGACAGUGAAGAAGAGUGUUAUAGUGAGACAGAAUCAGAAAGUGAGGGAUCCCCUUCACCCCGCAGGAGGCAUAAGAAAUUGCAGGUUAGCACUCUUCCUCGCCCAAAGCGCAGGACCAACAUUAAGGUGCCAUUGUCAAGUCCGUCAACAGGGAGCAGCAAAGCCGCUCCAGAAGACGAGAUGGGCAAGAUGUUAAAUAACAUCAAGGAAGGUGGUGUGUCCCUGAUGGGCCACGAGCAGCCGUUCACGCACGACCAUUUUAGGAGGUCGUUCAUCCGGCGCAACAAGAACCCCGUCAUCAAUGAGAAAGCGCACGCGCUCCGUGCACUGCAUAGUACCCUGAAGGCCAAAGAAGCUGAAUUACAGCAGAUCAACAAACUUCUAGAAGGUGAUGCCGUAACGGCCUCAAAGUAUCGCCAGUGGAAGGAACAGAACGAAGAACUAUCUCAGGAAAUCGAGAGACUGGUCUCUGUAAGGGCCUCCAAAUUGGCAGAUGCCGACAAGGCCGCCGCUGACGUCACGGCGCGAGACACGCCUGGCGACGAAGUUGCCUUGGAAACGGUCACCCCGGAAACAAGCCCCGCAGAGACAAAAGGCGCAUACAGACUAAACCUCAGCAUGGGCGAACAGCUGGUGGAUGCCGAGCCAUCAGAUGUUCUUCUGGAGCUCCCACAGGUCUCUCCGGCGGAAGAGAGGAGCAGUCUCGGGUUGGAACUCUCACUGGGCUCUCUGCAAGAAUCCAUCAACAAGGAGCUGAGCGAGAUGAGGGAGAGCGGCGAGGGCUCCGAGACUUAUUUCUUUAUUUAAACACAUCUGUUGUAGUGUUGGUCACGUCAGAAAGACACACAAAAGACUGGCCAAAAAAGGUUUACUUCAGAGCGCCUUUUUAUGCUAGCUGGAAAAACGACACGCAAAAACGGGGUCACGCCAACGUGAAGAUAGGUUAGCCAUAAGGCUACGUUUCCUGAUGUGUCACAGAUUUCUAGAAAGGCAAAAUUGGGGCUAGGAGUUUAAUACCUGGCACUCAUAUGGAAAGGAAUGACUUCAUUUGAUAUAGAGCAACAAAUAUAGAUGUAGACUCUAUAAUAUAGAGCGACAGUUCCAGAAGCGGAGUUAGCAAAAGUACUCACACUGCACUUAAGUAAAAUUAAAGAUACUUGUGUACUCCUUUACUUAGAGUAAAAAAAAACUCUCAAAUUUACUCACAUGAGCAAAAAAUAUAUUUUUUAAAAUGUUGUUUACUGUCAAUAGCUGCGUUUUUCGGGAACAGUUUUUCGGAAGAUUUUUCAAAAUUUUAGGCAAAACGUAGGCGUAUUUCCUGAAGGCUGUUUUUUGAAAAAGUCUCGAAACUCUCGUAAAGUCUCACCCUGCGAGAUUUUACCGAAGUAAGAUGGACGCCCUAAACUUGUUGCGUAUGGAGAAGUGAUCAUUUGAUUGAGUACCUCAGUUCCUGUAGCGUAUAUAUUUGACUCGUAUAUAUUAGCGUAUAUAUAUUACUGUUUUCAUUGCAAAAAUGCGAUAUAUUUUAAUCCGGAAAACGUCUGAAAAAUGAAAGCGUAGAAACAUUUUCGUGAUAUUUGAGUGUUUUUUCGAAAUUCAGGCGUUUUCCAUAGCUAGUUUUGCAUUGUGAAAUUUCAGAUUUUAAAGUGCCUGUGACACCAAAAAGCAUGUUUAUUUCAUAUUGCAAGUGGUAUUUAAGGCUCCUGAAUGAAAUGGACCACUUAGAUGUAUGCAGAAGCGAUCGAUAUAUUUAUUCAAUUUUUGAAUCCGGGAGACAUCUUCACGAUACAGUUAACUAUUGUAUGCAAAAAGACUGCGGAUCCAGCUGAUUUUGCCGAAAUAAUUUGGUUAUUUUUCGCUCAUGCCAUCCCAAUGUGAUGCAGGCUUUUGUUGCUACACCAGGGAGAGUGGUGUGAGCCUUUCUGAGUUUCAAAAAGAUCCUGUUCACUGCGAAGAAUGGGCAAAACAAGUAUGGCAAUGGAGUGACCAUUGGCCGGACGAGGAAGUUGGUAAGCUACGUGGUUUAUAUUAUGUCACAUACUGGGAUCAUGGCACAGGUUUUAAUAAGGAGGUGGCUUGCAUUUUGUGGGUGGCAAUGCUCCCUGUCCAACGAUAAGACAAGAUUGUUUAGAGACUUCCACCCCUCUCGGCCCUCUUCAUGUGCCCGCCGAGAGAGCGUUAUCCUCGGCUUGGGCUCGGGCAGCCACACACUCCUAAGUCUUCUUGGUUUCUUCACCGAGAAUGCGCCAUUUUUCGGCGAUCAUUCCCUGGUAGUGUAGGCAGUGCUUAUCACCGGGGACGCAGCAGGGGAACGACGAGCCGAAACUUGCUCACCGCCAGGGACUAGCUGAUCGGUAAAGACAAUCGCCCCCGCCUCCAUGUGUGACAAAAGUCGGGGUAGUUUUGUGUGAUUCUUCAUGUUCGAAAGGCGAGGAAGAGACUUGGAAGAGCAGCUCGGUUCGGGUUAGCAUGUAGCCUAGCUAUCACGCUUCUGUUUUGUUUACACUUUCCUCCCGAGUCCCCACUGAGAAAUAACGAGCCGGACUAACUCCGGUGGCAUAAAACACAGUUUGGGAGGUUUAAAAAGUCGGCAGUUUUGACCAUUAUGCAGUGAUUAAGCUUUGACGUACUGAAUAAAUGAAUUUACAAUAUUUUAUAUUCCAUUUAGCACAAGACUGUUAUUUGACAAUACAAUUCAUUCAGCAAUCGGGGAAAAAUACUUACAUACAAAUAAUAUCCUGUAAAAAAUUUGAAGUAGAGAGAUAAAACAAUGAUGACAUUUUACAGUAUGCUCUAGUCAUCAGCCUCGUGUUUGUUGUUCUUCUGAAUAUUCCUCCUCCUCCAAAUAUGACUCAAACAUAUAUGGCUGUCUGCCACAGGCUUCCUCUAGAUCAGGGGUGGGCAAACCGGUCCUCGAGGGCCACAGUGGGUCCUGGUCUUUGUUCCAACUGACCCAGCACAGAUAGUAUAACCAAUGAGGUUUCAGCAGAAAUGAGAAACACCUGACUGCAAUUGACUGAUUGCACUUGUAAAACAGCAGAUUGGUGAAAAUGUGUCCUCUUAAUGGGUUGCAACAAAAACCUGCACCCACUGCGGCCCUUUGUGGAAUAGUUUACCCACCCCUGCUCUAGAUCAACAAUAUCAGUUGAAAGAUCCACGCUUGAACCAGCAUCGCUGAAAUACGCUUCCUCCUCCAUUGGGCUGAAUUCUGAAAUCACUACUCCGCCUACGUUAUCACCCACAUGGAGGCGCCAGAGCGUUGUAAUGACAGGAGGGGCUAAACGACUCAAUUCUCGUCAUCUGCGCUUUGCCAAAUUGUCAUAUAAAGUCGAGAUGUCUGAAAAUAUGAUUUUCCUUCCAAUAACAAUGCUAUUUAAGAUUUGUUUUUAUGGUGUCACAGGCACUUUAAAUUACUAGGGAUAAUGGAAACACAGCUAAUUACACACAGUGGUGCCUUGAGAGGUAAAGUUUUUGAAAAUGAGGUGCAAAAAAGUGCUGAAUGUAGGAUGGAUGUAGGAACUAAAGAACAUUCUCAUGCAGUGGUUUUCAACUUGGGUUCAAUCAAACCCCAGGGGUCCAGCAAAAAUUAUGACACACAUAUUUUCAUAUGUUGACUCAAGUCAAAGUGUCAUUUUAGACUAGAUUUUGGACUUGUCUUCCCCCAGUUUACAGGCUUAAUUCUAAUUAUUUCAAUUGCUCGCCAUCUGGUUUGCUCAGUGGAAGGUAGACUCACACUUGGUAUGAGGAAGUAGCCUAUAACAGACCGAAACAUUUGCUUCACAUACUAUGCCAAAAAAAUGGUAUGUGAUGCAAGAAUUCGACAGUAAAAUGAGAACGUAGACAUGAAAACAAAAAUGAGCAGUUCCUUUUCCAACGUGAAAAGCAGCAGCAAAAGGCCAAAUUAUUUGUUGUAAAAUUAGUAAAGCACAGAUGCUAACAAACAUUUUUACAUUACAAGUGGGUGAUUUGUUGCAAACAAACAGCAGUUUGGGAAACAAUUGUUCCAGAAAAAGAGGCCAAGUGCUUGCUUAAAGCUGUAAAUUGCCACUCCCAGUUUACUGGAAAAGCCAACAUAAAACAGAGAAUUAAUUACAUGACUAAUAUUACUUAAGCUUAUGAACAGUUUUGACCUUCUUCCUUGUGUAUGCUUAUUAAAAAUACAAUACUGUAGUGUGGCAAUUUCUCAUCAGAAAACUGGGUGACAAAUUUCAAAUAUUUUUAUGGGAGAGCUGGAAAUUUUAAUAGCUGUUUUUUUUAUUUUGAAUUUGGAACGAUUGGGACGUGGGUGAACAAAAAUUAAACACAUAAGCAGAGGUGGGUAGAGUAUCCAAAAAUUUGACUCAAAAGAGUAGCAUUACUUCAAAAUAGGGCUGCAGCUAUGGAUUAUUUUUGUAGUCGUUUGAUUGAUGAACUAGUUAGUUUUAAUAAUCGAGUAAUCGCAUAAGGAACAUAAUGGUGUUGCAAAAAAAAAUUUUUUUUUUGGAAAAUGAUCUAAGUUCAACAAAAGAACAAUAGGCUAACUUACAUAGCAAAAGUCCAACCAAAGAAAAAUUGGCUAACUUAGAUAGCAAAAAUCGGCUAGCUUAAAUGCUAUAAAAUGCUAACUUUUUUUUUUUUUACAGUGCUCUUAACAAAUGGUUAAAACAAAUAUUGCCACCAAAAAACGGCUACAUAUACCUAUAAACUACAUUUUGAAUGCAUUAAAAACUUAAUAAAAUAAAAACAGCUGGAUCCAGCCACGUGAAAUGAGUUAUGCCAUAUUCACUGUUGCCACUAGAGGGCAAUGUAUCCACCCAAAUCAAUAAAACUAAAUGGAAAUGCUUUUAAAACAAACCAUUACAACGCCACUUUAACGAAUACUCGAAGCAGCAAAAUUACAUUCGAAUAUUUUUUCUAAUCGCAUUACUCAAGUUAAUCGAUUAAUUGUUGCAGUACUACUAAAAGUAGUCAUCCCCAAAAAAUACUGAAGUACAAAAAUAUUCACUGAAAAGAAUACUCAAGUAUUGAGUAACUGCUUAAAAUGUCAGAAUUUUUUAAACAAUGGUAAUUUAGAAAAAUCUAUAGAAAUGAACCAUCACCCGUCCAAAAAGCAUGAGUGCCCUCUAGUGGAGAAAACAUAUUUCCAACCAUUAAAUCAGAGAAAAAGAUCAUAAGAUCAUACCCCUGGUUUUCUGUGGUCUAUCGGUUCGAAUAAUGCGUCUGUGUCAAACAGUUUGAUUGAACAAGCCGGCCUGAUCGUCACUCCUGACUGUCGUGACCGUAUUUUUACAUCUGAUCAGUGUGAUGGAGUCGUGAUUAUUGUUGCAACGUCUCAUUUCUGGUAAAAAUUAAGUCAAAUCUGAUUUGUAGACUAAAGACGAAAAAUGUAACUCUAGUUUAGCCCAAAGUAGCAGAGUAGGAGUAACGUUUCAUCUUCACAACUUUACUUAAGUAAAAGUAAAAAGUAUGAUGUCGUAAAACCAUUCUUAGAAAUGAAUUGGUCUCCAAAGGUUAACGCGUUACUGCUCAUCUCUGCUCGUAAGACAAAAUAUAAAUGUUGAGUCGAAGACUUGUAAGCUGCACUGCAAGGAAUAAACUGCAAAGACUCAGUGAUUUCCAAGAAAAUAUUGCUGUAGCCUGGCAAAUUUGACGAGAUAUCUGUGUGAACAAAAAUGGCGAAUGAGUGCCUUUUUCACAUGUGAAAUAAUAUUCAUAUAUGUCUUUUUUUAGAGCUUGACUUGCAGUACAAGUUUCCUUUGAACAAGUUGCCAAUCGUCAGUAUAACGUAUUUAAUUAUGUAUGUCAUUGAUUUUCUAGUUACAGUAUGUAACAUAGGAUAUGGUUUUGAAAAUGUGAUGCGUAGAUAUUGUUUUUAUGAUACGUGCUGCAUGUGUUCGUUAAUUGGUAUUUGGAAAUAUUUGCACAGAUUUUGUACUGUUUUUGUUUUUUAUUCCCAUAGAUGUACAGGUGGAUUUCAUGAAUCAGAGUGAAACUGCGUGUACAGUCAACUAUUGUCUUGAUUUGAACAAAAACCCAAGAAAUGACAAUAUUACUGAAGAGCUGAUCGAAAGCAUUUGGAAUUAGAUGAAUUAUUUAUUCAUUCAUUUUUCUUACUGCUUAGACAAAUUAUUUCCCAAUGUUUAACAAAUAUUUCUAACUCACCAGAUUCACUUUUUCAAUUGAACUGAAAUAUAUGAACUUUUCUACCAAAUUCAAAUUUAUUGCAAUGUGCUUGUACAAAGUAUAGGACAUGAUUAUGUAUUGCUAGUAUGUACAA